GACGAUAGCACUGGAAGCGAUGAAGACUUAGACAUGAAGAGCGAUAGCAGUGGGAGUGAGACAUCUGAAAGUCCAGCUCCUACAGAGGUUUCGGUUGAAGUCGCUCGCCCAGUGUUGACACCAACGGAUGUCGAUGGUAACAGCCUCACUUUUCAGGUCAACACCGCUUUCCUUGGACCUCCGGAUCGGGCUACAGCAAACGCCAAUGAUCUUUCCAAUAAGCGUGAACCUCAACAGUCAAUCGGAAAUGCAGAGUACCUCAGCAUUGCCAAGGCAGUUUCGAUUCAGGCUGAUGGUAGGACUUCGUUACAGAUACAUGUUCUACAAGGACCUAGAACUACCUUUAUGCAACUUGAUAUCAGCAUACGAUGGUUUCACCUACACUCCGAGAGACUAGAUCUUGUUAGCUUCAAGGAGACCUGUCUGUGUAUUACCGGACUCUCUGAACGCCUUCAGAAAUUGGUGAAAAAGCUCUUUGACAGAGUUGAAAAGGACAAACUCAAAGUCUUCCUGGGCGGCAUGUUCAUCGAGCCUGGUACGGUGCUGAGAGUCGACGAUAGCCACCGGUCAGACCCACAGAGCGUCACCUUUAGCUGUAUACCCUACUUCGAUUUGCAGACACAAGCCAAAACAAUGCCAACCACUGGCCAAGCGUUUCAUUUCCCGCCUCGGACACUUAUGCAAUCUUACUACCCUUACGAGCCAGUGCAAGAUAGAGAUGCAGAACAGGCGUACAGAAAGUUUGGCAACGAGCAGCGCGAUGCUCUUGUUCAUGUCCCAAACAUGUGGAUGAUGGAACAAAAGCUCAGAGAAUUGCGUUGGUGCAGCAGCCGCUCUCGAUACGAGAAAAGCCUGCAGCUUUCAUGGCAGACGUCAAACGGCUGCGUGGCGGUCACGCCUGGACUCUGGGCAGGCAUCCUUAAACAGAAGAACGCUCUCUUCAUCGAUCUCGAUCUGCCGAAUGACACAAAGCGGAAUGAUAAAGACGAUGUUGCAGCACAGCUUCCGUCAUCAACUGUGUUUUCGCCGAAUCCCUUUUUUCAUUGGCCUCAGACAACAGGCGCAAAUGAGGUUAAGACAGAUGGUCUCAUUUCCGACGAGAUCAAGCGAUCGAUUCAGUGCUUGGAACACGUCGAAAAGGCUAUGAUGUCGGAGGUACUGAGCAAUUACGGUUCUUACGGUGCGGUUGAAAGGACUUUCACCUCUACUGUAUAUUACCGCAAUCUUCCUGAAAAUACCGCGGAACAGGUCAAGUCGAGCUUUAAAUCACUUCCAGCAACGGACAGAAAGCUGAAAGAUUCGCAAAAAACUGGCAUCAUAUUGUACCAGACUCUGGUCACUCGCCAGCACGACACAAUCGCCCAGAAGACGUUUGAGCUGUACGAAUGCAUGCAUAAGACCUUAGCGCUCUUCGUUGCCGACGUGGACAAAGGUACGAUAUUACGCAAGUCAUGGGCUGCUAUGAAGAGUAUUUGCGAUAUCGCAAUUACGACUUGGAGGCGGGAGCCUCUGAGUCCGGAUGCAAACGAGCAGUCAGAUCCUAAACAAGCUCGUCGCUCCGCGACUCAACGAGGGUGGUUCGUUCGUCCAGAUAUCAGCACUGAAGUCACAUCAGCGCCACUCAAAAAGCUCAAGCGAACGUUUGAACGAUGCAGGAAAUGCAGUACAACUGAGAUGUACAGCACUUCACAAGCGGCGUUGUUGCACUUACAGAAGCACCUCAAGCAUCUAGAUGCCUCUGAAUCUGACUCAAUACUUCCUGAGCAAUGGGUCAUCAAUUACACCCAGAUGAAGAUGGAAGUGUGGAACGAAGGGAUUGUCGCUAUACUUACGAGAGCGUGCCAGACAGCGCAGCAGCUAUUCAAUCAAGCCCAAGAGCUCUCGGACGGUGUGCGCAAUGAAGACGGGCGGAUGUCCGACCUCUACACAUUUUCUCGUCCACUUCUCAGUGCCUUUCGCCAACUACUCAUCUUCUACUUUGCAAUCGAGCGAGCUAUGUUCUAUACAGAGGACUCAUUCAAGGAAGAGAGAAAUGCCUUCGAAGGGACUGAGUAUAUGACAACGUUACCAUUUUCGUCUGGUGGUUUGCAGGUUAUCGAGGCGUUCAGCAACGGGGUACAGCAGGCGCUGGCAUCAGCACGCAAUGAGCUCUGCUCUAUGGUCAAAUCAGCAGGAUCUACGGACAUUUCCAGUCGACUUUCACUCAGCCCAGAGUACGUCUGUAGCUGGUUCAUGCGGAGACUGAUAGUCAAGCCGCUCGAGAAGAUCAACCAUCGUCCAGGGAAGCGCCUGUUGCACUCCAUCAACCUCCUUCAAGAGGAGAUCGCGGCUCUCCAAGAAGUCAACACCCAGCAGAGCAAGCUUAUAUCGAACUACACGAGCGUUCUUGAUGAUGCAACGUACGAGAAAGACGUUGCCAGCCGCCGCGCCAUGUUCCCCUACGAGCGUAUGUUGCUCGAGUCCUGCCAGGACAGCCUGAAGAUGACGGACCAAGAGUACCGCUACUUACUCGCCCGCUGUGGCCCUCUCUCAGACAGCACGAAACAGAGCCUUGAGAUCAACGAAGAAGACCACGGGAAAGCAAUUCUUGUAUUCACCGUCGUCACGAUCAUAUUCCUUCCGCUAUCAUUUGUCACUUCGUUUCUCGGCAUGAAUACGACAGACAUCAGGGACAUGGGCAGCUCUUCGACGCUAUUCUGGGCAAUCGCAAUUCCGCUUACAGCAGUCACCAUGGGUUCGGUUCUGUACAUUGGCUACAACGGCGACGAUCUGCGUGAUACAUUCGGUUCUUUGUACCGCACGAUGACUGGCAAACAGGACCGUAGCAUCGGCGCACGAGGCAUUAGCGUAGCUCAACGCAAGCUCGCCCGCACAUCGGCAACGGACUCGAACAGUAUCCUAGAUUUUAGCAGUCUCGCAGACGAAGCAGAAUUCGCUAAUCCACGACCGGACGGCUACUAUAACCAUGCACGGACAGAUGUGUCCCGACCUCCACAUCGUCAAUACACU